AUGGCGGAUCCUUCGAUGGACUCGGAUAAGAUCCGCAAUAAGAGACUUGCAAAAUUACAGCAGUCACAGCCGCAGCAGUCGCAAGAUGCCGCCGCCGCUUCUUCAACUCCAACCCAAGAUGGCCCCGAGUCAACGCCAUCAUCGCGACCAGAGACGCCCCAACUCAACAACCCUGACCCUCCAACGCCGGCCGGGUCAUCAACGCCAUCCGGCAGCAACACGAAAGACCCGUCACCUCCACCUACGACUCGGAUACGAAUCACCCCCGCGAAUGUCACUCCUCAGAAGCGAGAGAUGGACGGCUUGGAAAGGCCAAGUUCACGACAAAGUUUCAGGCCGAAUGAGACUAUCGAACAGUGGGAAGACCGUACCUUGAGGAAUAUAUUUCGUCUCAGUCUAGACCCUGACCAGACAAAGGACAUGCAUGGUCAAGAGCUCCAUGUUCUCCCACAGCUUAGAGAAGAGUUGGAGGCUGAAGGUAAGCCAACGCUGUUGAAUACCGACCUUCUAGAGCAGGCCAUCAUGGAAGCCGGUGCGGAUCUGAGAAAGUCGACUCCGCACGACUGGCUGUUCGGCUGCUGGAAAAGAAUCACGAGGAUGAGCAAGGCUGUCAAGGACCGGACGCCCGAGAACAAGAAAUGGACCAUCAUAUCGGAGGCUAGGAGACUCUGCAUGAGCUGGUGCAUCUUGUCCGUGACGACACCUGAUGUUUUCGGCGUAGACUACGAUGGUGUCGCUGCGCUGGCGGACCACCUCCUGGCCGAUCCAGACGAGGAUGCAGGCGUUUGUCAUGAUUUCCUCGCAGAAGUCAUCACAAGGUUCGAAGAGGAUGAAACAAUCAAGGAGGCAUUUGUUGGGGCUGUUGAGAACCUAAGCCGCCGCCUUGCCAAACUGUCCAUGGAUUCCGACUACCGACGCUACACUGCCAUGCUGCGACAUCUCAUUAGAUACAAGCCUGUGGCUGUGGCGAUCACGCAGUCGAAAAUCUUCGUCGACAAGUCAGUAUCAGCUGCGCAGCUGGAGGUUGCCACUCUUCUUGGGCCCUUUUUCCAGUUAUCGCCGCUGCAAGCGGAAACGACGAAGCAGUACUUCUCAGGGCCGAAGACGAUGGACCCAGGAAGGAUUCGAAACUCUCAGCAAUCGCUUCAAAUGUCUUUGAGGUCCCAUCAGGCUGAACUCUUUGAUAUCAUCAAUACAUUGGUGCGCGCCUCUCCCGACGCACGAGAACGCGUUCUGGACUGGUUUGCUCUUGUGGUCAACUCGAAUCACAAACGCCGCGCCAUGCGCGUGGACAAAGCGACUGUUUCGAGUGACGGCUUCAUGAUCAAUGUCACCACGAUCUUGGAUCAACUAUGUGAGCCUUUUAUGGAUGCACAGUUCUCCAAGAUUGACCGAGUCGACAUCGACUAUCUCCGAAGGCAUCCACGUGUUGACAUCAAGGAGGAAACCAAGAUCAACGCUGAUCAAGAGCACUCCGACGAGUUCUAUAAGGACCAGCUCGAAGGUACCAACAACUUCAUCUCAGAAUGCUUUUUCCUCGCUGUAGCUUCUCAUUACUAUGGGAGUGAAGCUGCCCGAAAUAUGCUGAAGGACAUGGACCGAGAUCUGAAGCACAUGGCUAAACAAAUCGAGCAAUUUGAAACAGAACGACACAAAUACGUCAACAACCCUGCGCAGCUGGCAAUGUUCGAGAAUGCACUCAAGAGAUACAAAGAUCAGCACGAUAAGGGCUUGUCCUACAAAUAUGCUGUGCAGGGCGUACUAUUGGAUGAAAUUGCGCAGACUCGUUCCAUGCAGUUCAUGCGAUUCGUGACUGUCUGGAUCCUUCGUCAAGUCUCUCCUCAUCGCCAGUUUCCUAAGCAGAAAUUGACGCUCCCUCUCCCACCCGAGCAACCGGAGACCUUCAAGAAUCUUCCUGAAUAUUUCUUGGAUGUUAUCAGCGGUAAUUUUGGAUUCAUCAUGUACAACAUGCCGCAGGUGAUCUCCUCGACGCAAUCAGACGAGCUGAUAAUGCUUUGCAUUACCUUUUUGCGCAACUCCGAAUACAUCAAAAACCCAUAUUUGAAAGCAUCCUUGGUGACAAUUCUCUUUCGAGGAACAUGGUCCUGGCGUCAAGGCGGGCGGGGAAUUCUUGCAGAUCAAUACAACAGCAUGCCAUUUGCGACUGAGCACCUUCUGCACUCUUUGAUGAAAUUCUUUAUUGAGGCAGAGUUCAUGGGCGGUCACGGUCAAUUCUUCGACAAAUUCAAUGUGCGCUUCGAGAUUUUCCAGAUCAUCAAGUGUAUCUGGCCGAAUUCUGUGUACCGCGAUAACUUGCUUAGGGAGGCCAAAGUCAACAUGGAGUUCUUUGUGAGGUUUGUCAACCUGCUCUUGAAUGAUGUGACGUUCGUGCUGGAUGAAUCUUUUACGGCCUUUCAUACAAUCUACGACAUUUCGAAAGAACUAUCACUUGCUGGCUCGUCGCUAGACCAACAGCAACGGCAGGAAAAAGAAGAGGCAUUGGAAGCGGCAAAGAGCAAGGCGAAGUCAUACAUGCAACUGACCAAUGAGACGGUGGCAAUGUUGAAGCUCUUCACCGAAGCUCUCGCUGACGCCUUCACAAUGCCCGAAAUCGUUCAGCGGUUAGCGGACAUGUUGGAUUACAACCUUGAUGCGAUGGUCGGACCAAAAUCCACAACCCUCAGAGUCGAAAAUUUGCAGGAAUAUAAUUUCAACCCGAAGGCUUUGCUGAGUGAGAUUGUUGACGUCUACCUCAAUCUGAGCGAGAAGGAAAAUUUCAUUCUUGCUGUUGCCCGUGAUGGUCGAUCAUACAAGCCCGACAACUUCGCUAAUGCCGGAAACAUCAUGCGCAAAUUCGUCCUCAAGGCCCCCGAAGAACUUAAUAGGUGGCAGCGUCUCACGGAGAAGUUUGCUAAGGCAAAGGCAGAGGAUGAAGCUGCAGACGCGGACUUGGGAGAGAUUCCUGACGAGUUUUUGGAUCCGUUGAUGUUCACGCUUAUGGAAGAUCCUGUGAGGCUGCCCGUGUCAAAGAUUGUUAUUGACCGGAGCACAAUCCGGAGCCAUCUGCUGAGUGAUCCCCACGAUCCGUUCAAUAGAGUGCCGCUGAAGAUCGAGGACGUUAUUCCUGCGACCGAGGUGAAAGAACAGAUCCAGAAGUUCAAGGAAGAAAGAAUUGGCGUUCGGCGCAAGGACUUUGUCGAGACAGUCAAAACGGAAACCGGUGGCAAUGCGGACGGUGAGGCAAUGGACCUGAGUCAGUGA